UGCGUUAUCAGCAGUUAAAGGAGCUGUAUGUAAGAAAUCUAUUUUAAUUAAUCAUAAAAUGGCCCUGAUGUGUCACUAGACAUUAAGAAAACAUGUUCAUUUCAUAUACGUAUAUCACUGACAACAGUAGUCCGGCCAGGAUAUUGUCAUUUAAAAAGUGGACUUGCAGCCCUCAACUGAUGUUGUUGUUGUCAUUUUGUGUUUUGGCCUGACGCGCCUCCCUCCUCCUAUCUACCAAUCACGAAGUCAGUAGUGUUUCGGGAUCCGUGUUGCCAGCUUUGCUGUAACUUACUCUAACUCCAGUCGGAUAAAAAUGUCUGUUACUAAAUCAAAAAGACCUCGUUAUAAUUCUGAAAUUCGUCGUGACAAAGUCCGAAAUAAAACCUGAAUUUGUAUUGGAGAUGCUUUUGAACGAUGGAGACGGCUGAAAACGGAGAAGAAUUUGAACACAGACGCCAACGUUGCUAAUUUUCUCCUGGACAGCUAUUAUGGCCCCAGCACCUCAACACCCAGUAAGAGAAACUUGAAGAAGCACCACCUGACUGCACCAUCACUUUCCAGUAUCGUAUGUGCAUCAUCUGAAACACUUUCAAAUCGCUACACCAUUUACAGAGAGGACCUGUCGCCUAUUGAGGAAAGACUGGAAGAUGAUGAGCGCACCAUGGAUGCCUCUGAGGUUCUGGAGGAAAGUCUACAGAACAUGAGCAUCCAGGAUGCUGAAACCCAGGUCAUGAAUGAGCAAGAGAUAAAUGAUCUAAUGAACAGUGUAAUUGAUUGGGGGGACAGUGAAGGUGUUAGUAAUGAGGAGAUUGAAGCAGAUGACAGUGAAGAUGAGGACUAUGUCCCUCGUAUUUGUAUUCGGUUGGGUGGAGCAUUGCAGGCACCACCAUGCAUUGAUAAUCUGCCUGUGAUAGAUGCCAGUGAGACAGUACAUGACAUCCCGGAUGUAGAGCCUCCAUCAGUCACCUUACCUACACUUCAACAACCUGGCUUUCCUGAUACACUGGAGGUCAUGACUGAAGAUGACCUAAUCGGGAAACGGGCCUCCAUCACUUAUGAGGACUGUUUGAGGCAGCUUGCAACAUUACUUGUGCUUCCGGUCCAAAAGUGCCCAUACACAUGUGACGUCAGUAAAAUGGAGUGUCAGUGUCGCCCUCCAUUUGAAGUUUCCAUUACACGCAGGGGUACUGCAAGCAUCAUGGAAUGGACCUGCCUUGUUGGCCACACUGUAUGGAGAUGGAGCUCACAGCCCACUUUGAGGUACGGGAUGCUAGCAGGGGACUUUAUGUUGGCAAGCAACAUACUACUCUCCGGAAGCAACUACGCCAAAGUCUCGCUUCUGUUCCAGUUUAUGAACAUGGGGAUGGUGGACCGUAGUUCAUUUUUCACAAUUCAGGACACAUACGGUGUAGACACUGUGAAGGAGUUUUGGGAGGAGAGGAGGGCUGAGGCAAUAAAUCGGCUAAAAGACAGAGAUGUGGUAAUAGUAGCGGAUGGAAUAAUGGACAGUCCUGGACAUUGCGCCCAGUACUGUACAUACACUGCCAUGGAGAACGAAUCCAGGGAAAUCAUCUCUGUCAUCACUGGACAAAAGGGAGACUGGGCGAAAUUCUGUGAUCAUGGAGAGAGAGGCAUUUGUGCGGACAGUCGACACUCUUUUGAAUGAAGUGAAACUAGUAGAGGUCUGCACUGAUGCCCAUGUCCAGAUCUCCGCACUAAUGAACAAAGGAAAGUACAAAGACCUUGGGCUGCAGCACAGCUUGGAUAUGUGGCAUGGGGCCAAGAAUUUGGCAAAAAGGAUCCAUGCUGCUUCACAGGUCAAGGGUCAGUCCAGUUUGAGCAGUUGGCUAAAAGACAUUGUCAACCACUUUUGGUGGUGCUGCAAAACAGCAGAUUCUUACCAAGAGUUCCUUUAGCUAACCAGACAUAUGCUAUACACUCGGAAGACAUCCAAGACGUAUGGCUACAUCCCAGAACUGCAAGCUAUGAUCCUUCAAAAGAGAUUAGCUGGUAAGGGGAUGCCCAGACGGAGGACACUACGACCUGAUGACCCCAGAAGGUACGGCCCACUUCCCCCUGUGCCGGCACCAACCAUUGAGGAACUCCUGCACACCCAAGUCAGGAGAGGUCUUGUGUCAACAUUCCAGACUAAAGACCUGUGAAGCCCAGUUUCCAGAGCCUCACAACCCUGACCAUCUUCAUGGCCAUGUAAACUUUUGUGUCACAAGCUGCUUAUCAACAAUUUCUAAAAUUUUAACAGUACAGAGCAGCUGAGUCUAGUUUUCUAUUUAUACUGUGUAACAUUUAUCAUUAUACCAUUUUAUAUACUGUUUCUCUACAUUGUAAAAAGCAUAGUAUUGUUAUUAUAAAUAAACUUUUUUUAUUGAAAAAA